AUGGAGAAGGAAGAAAAAGACGAUGCACUGGUGGAGCAGCCUGUUCUGGUGGAAGAACCUCUGGAUCUUAUAAGACUGAGUUUGGAUGAGAGAAUAUACGUGAAAAUGAGACACAAUCGGGAGCUUCGUGGCACAUUACACGCUUUUGAUUCACAUUUAAACAUGAUCCUUGGAAAUGCUGAAGAAACAGUGACAACGCUGGAAAUUGAUGAGGAAACAUUCGAGGAGGUCUACAAGACAACGAAACGGACUAUUCCAAUGCUUUUUAUUCGUGGUGACGGUGUCAUUUUGGUUUCUCCACCACAAAAAGAAUGA